AUGAAGGUCACCUUCAAGGACUUGAAGCAAAACAAGUUUACGCUCGAUAUCGAGCCCACCGACCUGAUCUCCGCCGUCAAGCAAAAGAUCAGCGAGGAGAAGGGAUGGGAGCCCAAACAACAAAAGCUGAUCUACUCUGGCAAAAUCCUCAAGGAUGAGGAGACCGUCGAGUCAUACAAGAUCGAGGAGAAGGGCUUCGUCGUCUGCAUGGUGAACAAGCCGAAGGAACCCAAGCCUGCGCCAGCUGCUUCAUCGUCCGCCGUCCCCGCCACCCCCGCACAACCCGCCGUUUCAACACCUGCUGUCCCAGCUGCUCCAGCUGCCCAGGCCGCAUCGCAAGCUGCCGCUCCUGCUACCCCAACCCCCGCCCGAUCCGCCGCUCCUACCACCAGCGAGACCUCCGCCGCCUUCAACGAUCCCUCUGCCCUAACCGUCGGCGCGGAGCGCGAUGUGGCCAUAGCCAAUAUGGAGGCCAUGGGAUUCGAGCGAUCCCAGGUCGAGGCAGCCAUGCGAGCGGCCUAUUUCAACCCAGACCGAGCCGUUGAGUACCUCCUUAAUGGUAUCCCUGAGAACAUCCAGCGACGAGCCCAGCCAGCAGCAGCCCCCGCGGCCGCUCCUCAAGGUGUGCCAGCGGCUACCGGCGGUGACGAAGGGAAUGUCAACCUCUUCGAUCUCGCUGCUGCCCAGCAGGGCGGCGCCACCACACGAGGAAGUGAAGCACCCGCGGCGGCCGCUGCUGGUGGUCAGCAGGGGUUCGGAAACCUCGAUUUCCUCCGAAACAACCCUCAAUUCCAACAACUCCGCCAGGUUGUCCAGCAACAACCUCAGAUGUUGGAGCCCAUUCUCGAGCAACUCGGCGCCGGUAACCCUGCCCUAGCGCAGCUCAUCGCCAGCAACCCCGAACAGUUCCUCAGUCUUCUCGGCGAAGAUGGGGAUGACGAUGCCCCUCUUCCCCCCGGUGCUCAGGCCAUUUCGGUUACGGAGGAGGAGCGGGAUGCUAUCGAGAGGUUGUGUCGGCUGGGAUUCAGCCGCGAGGAGGCUGCUCAGGCCUACUUUGCGUGUGAUAAGAACGAGGAGCUAGCGGCGAACUUUCUCUUUGACCAACCCGAGGAGGACGAUCCCCCUCAGUAA